AAGAAAAAAGAGGAAGAACGCGUGUAUGGCGCGUAUCCUCUAUCGAUGUAACGCCAUUAGAACGAUUGCCGCGGACCACCUACCAAUCUAAUUCCGUUAAAACGUUCGCGGUGAACGCGUGUCCCGGGAUUAAUCUCGCAACCAUGACUCCGCCGGUGGCAGUGCUCGGCCACCGGAAAUCUUUGCCGGACGAGAGCCCGCUCGUGGAAUAAAUCAACGCGAUUGCAUCGGUCAAAACGCGCCUCGAGGUCCGAGGGAACGCGAAGUCUCGUAAAUUUCACGGUCCGCGCGCGCCGAACCGCCGCAGAAAUCGCGUUUUCCCGAAGAGGAUUCGACGGUUCCAGACCCGUCGAGAAAAUGUUCAAGAAGACGAAAGUGAAAUCCUCCACUGGGAUCACCGAGGAUCACGGAGCCGCGCCGAUUAACCUACACCCGUCGCCUUCGUUCGCCGGGAAGCUUCGCAGGAUCGCUGCGAGAAAGCAGAAGUAUCAGUUUUCGAGGAGCUCGCCGGGUACGGAUGAGAACGCUGCCUCGUCGACAGCCUCGAAAGACGCUAGAUUGAGCCCGAAUCUUCCGAAGGACGCGGCGGUGCAUUUCGGCAAUUUCUAUGGCGUCAGCGAGUGCGCAAACAAGCCUCGACCCGGGAAAAUUCAGGGGUCGCCGAACCCUGUCCCGCAGCCCACGCGGACCACGCCGAGAUUGGAGUUCACUCGACAGAUGGUUCACAAAUUAGAGCGAACAGCGGGAACGGAGGAUUACGCGCGACAAGUGUCCGCUUUAUUAGAAGAGACAGUGGAGCCGGCGCAUUUCAGGCUGCAUUCAAUGCCGACCGAGAAUUCGAUUCCCGACGGCGGUAGGCAGAAUCCCUCGGGGUAUCCGCUGUGGUACAAGGAGCCCUAUAAGACACCGCUCGGCCAGGAGGAGAUCCGCAGACUUCUGAAGGGCGAGCAGGCAUCGAGGAGCGGCAGGGACAUUUUCGACGAGGAAUUCUCCGAGAAAGGAUCCAGCGAGGAGAUCACCGACGAAGAGGAGAUCCCGCCGGAUCUCGGGGUUGGCGACAUAUCGAAGGAGUCGGCGGCGAAGUUAUUGACGAGCUCGAGCUCCGGCACGGAGGCGAAGGAUACCGACGACGCCUCCACGGACUCGAGAUAACGUUUCACGCCACGUGAUCAAGCUGUCUAACGAUAUUGUAUCGCGCCGCACGGAACGUGCUUUAAAUAGAAAUUGUAAUAACACGAA